AUGCGUUUGCCAGUGGGCACCGCCGUGGCUGCGUGGGCAGUUACGUCGGCCUGUCAGAGCCUGCCUUACCCUGGCUCGGAUGAGUUUGAGGAGGCUUCCACACGGUGGUCCAGUUUAGAGUCACCCACCGUGAGUAUCGUCGUCGUUCCCGGCACCGGGAAUGGUCUCGUAGAGACGGUGAAAUUCGCGCAGAGGCAGGAAUUGCCUUUCCUGGCUUCCAAUGGCGCCCAUGGAGCAGUCACCACUCUAGGCAAGAUGGCCAGUGGUAUUGAGAUCUACUUCGACCGGCCCAGCGGGGUCCACAUCGCCCAGGAUGGCAACACCGUUACGAUUGCUGUCACUGGUACGUGCAAAUGCGUCAGCUACCUCGGCACUGCCUUGGGUGGUGGCUCCGGCUGGCCGCAGGGCCGCCACGGGCUGAUUGCUGACCAGUGCGAGUCGAUAGACAUCGUGCCGGCCAACGGCAUUCUGAUCACUCUGAACUCCAACUCCGAGCUCUGGCGGGCCGUGAAGGGAGCUGGCCACAAGUUGGCCCGGAUGUGUUCCGUAGUACUAGGUCAAUCCCAGCUUCUGCGGUAA